GUUUUAACUACACCCCCGGCAAUCGGUAGUCAAUGUAAUCAGGACAACAAUAAACUAUGCCCUGGGGAGAGCUGAGUUCCGGGAACUCACUAACACAAACAAAUCUUAUUUUGGUUGUGCCCAACACACAAGCCUUUGACAAUAGGAAGAGAGGACUGUUUCCGUGGACCGAGACAAGGAGGAAAGAUGCUGGGUUUUACACCCAACAUGAAGCUUUACAGCCUGUGCGUGACAGGCGGACUACUACUGUUCGUCUAUGCCUGCUUCUAUUCUGAAAGCAUCAGGCCUGUCCUACAUGAUUUAGGUAUUAUUAACAGGAAAAGUGACAUAUUUAAUGAUAAUGAUGCUAAAGACAAUACAACCUGCGGAUUGUUACUUCUGAGAACUUUGUCCAGCCAUCACCCCUCCAAGACACAGAACAAGGUCCUUCCACAGGGGUUGUUGUACAAGAAGCCCAGUGUGGUGUCAGGUCGUACUGAUGUGGUUUCCGUGACCCCCUGGAUGGCUCCUAUAGUCUGGGACGAGGUCUUUGACUCUGUUGUCCUGGACAGCAUCUACAAGAAAAUGGACAUCACCAUAGCAACAACCGUCUUUGCUCUAGGAAAGUACGUGCUUUUCCUGAAGGACUUCCUGCACACAGCAGAGAAGCACUACAUGGUUGGCUACAAGGUUGACUACUACAUAUUCACUGACAGACCUGGAGACGUUCCAAAUGUUACCCUGGCGGAAGGGAGACGGGUGAGAGUGUUGAAGGUGCCCAGCUCCAACCGCUGGCAGGAGAUUUCAGCUCGCAGGAUGGAGAUGAUCCAGACGACCAUCGAGAGUACGAUCAGGGGUCACGCUGACUACAUCUUUUGUCUGGACGUCGACUCCAAGUUCCACGCUCACUUUGGGGUGGAAGCUCUGGGUCGACUGGUUGCCACGAUACACCCAGGUUACUAUGCUACGGAGCGAGGAAGCCUUCCGUACGAACGCCGUCCUGAGUCACGGGCCUACAUCCCCUUUGGGGAGGGAGACUUCUACUACGGAGGCGCCGUCUUCGGAGGACUGCUGGAGGAUGUCCGCACCAUGGCAGAGAUCUGCCGUCGGAAUUUUGAGGCGGACACGGCCAAUGGGAUCGAGGCAGCGUGGCAAGAGGAGAGCCACCUGAACAGGUACUUUACGUACAACAAGCCGUCUAAGUUGCUGUCGCCUGAGUACCUGUGGCAGGACGUGGCUGGCCGGAGCAAGCAUGUCAAGAUCAUUCGUUUCUCAGGGGUGGCCAAGAACUAUGCUGACUUCCGGCCCAACUGAGGGUAAAGGGAAGUGAUGUAAUAAACUGUUUCAACUGAGGUGAAGGGACGUGAUGUAAUAAACUGUUUCAACUGAGGAGAA